AUUCAUGCUUCAAGUCAGCGGCUCACUGCGAGCUUCCCGGCCCUCGGAUUAACUGUUUGGACCCGACCCGGCCCUCUGCUAGAUAGAGAGAGACUUUUCCUCACACACACAGAAACCACAAGUAUUUUAUCAGAGGCGGACUCGCGCUGCACUGCGUGAGGAGUUAAGACCCCCCCACAGCAGGUGACCAUUUACGCGUGUGGAGAUCCGGAGGUCUGCGCGUGGACAAUGCUUGCAAUUAGUGGUGGAGUGCGUCUAUUUCCAUCUUUUCAGCCUUUAGAGAAAGUAUGAGUGGAUUGUAACCGAGAAGUCCUCUGAAACAUCACGCAGCGUCGGUGAAGCUUCAGUGAAAUCCGCGGAGGAGCAGCGCUGCAUCUUGGAGUGGACCUUCCUGUUGUUCGCAAAAGUGCUCAAGCCUCUUCAACUCUUGUUUCUUUUUUUCCCCUCCGAAGUUCAGAAAAGUAAACCGAAGAGAGCAGGGCGAGGCUUAAAUGUUCGGAAUCCAGGAGCAUCUGAUACGAGAAGUGAGCGGAUUAAAGGAGAGAAACCUUGGAGAAGAGAUGGAUCCAGUCCGGUCCUGGGUGCGUAACGUCGGCGUUGUGGAUGCGAACGUAGCGGCGCAAAGGUACAGUAUCAACCACUUUGAUAUCGUCUGUGUUCUUGAAAUCAGGCCUCUGUCAGGAGUCAGAAUUUAUUUACAUAAUCAGCCCGAUGAGCAGAGGACAGUUUAAUACAGGAGAAUAUCCAAAUAACGAGAGGAGACACACACUCACACACACACUACUUGUUGCAAAAGCAGUCAGAAACACAUUAUCCUAAACUCUUAGAAAAUACCUUCAAAUACAAAUAAAACAACUCGUGACUCUUUCUCAUGUAAAAAUCAACUCUUAAAGAGAGUUAUCGAUCAUUUCCACGAGAGGAAAACAGGCCUUUUAUUGUCAAUACGCAAAACUAACAACCACAAAAUUCACCGUUAAGUUAAACACAAGUCAGGGAAAUAUAUCAAAUAUCACUCCUGAAAGAUGCCAAUCCUAAAAAUUCAGCCAACACAAACUACUAAUGACAUUUUUCACAAUUUGUAUAUCUGUAAGAAAAUCUUGUACAAAAUCUCAGAGCAGAAACUUUCCUGACAUGAAUUGAUUAUAAACUAGUGACUCAUUUUUAAUUACACUUCCACUCUUUUAAUUACAAAAUCUCUCAUUAUUUAAUUUUUCCCUUUAAUAUCUCAGAUCGUUUCUAAUAAUUUCUCCACUGGUUCGUCUUUUUUUUUUUCACAUUUUCUCCUCUUCACACGCCUCUUCUCUCGGACUAACUGCGUCCAAAGUGGGAAAUAAGAAAUGAAAACGCAGAGUUGUUUCAAAGAGAAAAGAGUUUUUGCUAAAGUGUUUUACCUGUUUUCAUUAACAUACAUUGAAAUAACCACCAGAGACAGUAGGACAGCAGCAGAGCAGAGUUUACAGGAUUUAAGGUCAGACACGUUUAAAGAAAGUUUCUGUUUUCUCAAAAUUUUAAUCCUGAAUUAUUUAGAAACUCAUCUCUGAUUUUAAUUAGCUUUGUUAUGGUGUUGUUCAAAGGAAACACAGAUUUUUGAUCAAAGUUGAAUUGAAAGAAAAAAUGCAAAAUGUUUAUAAAGUGAAAAUAUAAAAGAAAACAAUUAUUGUUUAAAAAAUGUUGAUAUUUUCUAUGAGAAUCUUGAGUUAAUUAUCUCCUUUCAUAACAUGACUGAUCAAACUUUAAGGUUAAAUACAUUAAUUUGGUUUAAUGAAUUUUCACCAACAUGAUAAAAUCAGAGGUGAUCAUUUUUCUUCUUUUCAAGUCCAGAUUUUUAAAACUUUAUUUCAUUUUUGCUUUUUUAUUUGUAAUUUUUAACUCACAAAAACCUAAAUCUAUUGAAAACUUGUAAUUGGUCUUUUUGUGUAAAUUAUUGAUAAUCACCAAAAAGAAGUAAAAACCUUCAUUACAGAAAAUAAAAACUGUUUUGAUGUUAAAUUAUUAAUAUGUUAGAUUAUAUGUAAAAUAAUUCAAAGAAGUGAAAAUCAAAUGAAAAUUAAGGUUGUUUUCAUGAUUUACUUUAAGUUGACAAAAUGUUUCCAGUCUUCAGUUUUACUUUAACAUCCAUAAAUAAAUUGAUAUAUUAGAUUUAAUUGAUUUGAGAAUUUGAUGAACUUUAAUCUGCAUAUUUAUUAAACUGAGUGUAAAUGUCUGAAAUGUUUGUGAUCUGAUCGUGUCUCUCCUCCUCUCCUCUUGUGUCUCUUCAGUGGAGUCGCUCUGUCCAGAGCUCACUUUGAGAAGCAGCCGCCCUCCAAUCUCCGCAAGUCCAACUUCUUUCACUUUGUGCUGGCGCUCUACGACCGCCACGGGCAACCUGUGGAGGUCGAGAGGACGGCGUUUGUCGACUUUGUGGAGCACGACAAGGUGUGUGACUGUUUCUGAGCUGACCUGUACUGAUGAUUAUUGAAAGAUCUCAUCAGUGAACCAUCUUGUAAUCACUGUCCCCCCCCUAAAGCCAAACUGCAGCUUGAUCACGGCGUCGAAAACUCGCAGAAUAAAUCAGUGAUGCUUUAAUUUUAGAUCCAGGUGCUUUGCUUGAUUUUUCCAAGUAAAGCCGAGCAUAUCGAACAGCUGACGGCUUCAUGUUUACACAGCUCUCCCUCCAUGAGCUGAUGAUGUGGGAUUGAAAAAGAAUAUCUAAUGACUAAUUAGCAGCUUGCCUCAUUAGGAGGACAUCACUACUUUUUGAAAAAUGCAAAUGAUGCUUGCUCCUGUUAAGUUAUACAGUGAACUAAUCAUCAAAGUCUCUUUUCCUUCAUACCCCCCUCCCUCUUACAUACAUACUCUAAAAUCUGCAGAGGAAGAGAGGGGGGGAGGCUGGAUUCCUCAGGUUGGACAAGACCAAAAUAAGGAACGCAGACUUAGAGAGAGACCGUAGAGGGGGGACUGGAGGCCUUAUGCCCCGUGUUGAUGGAUGUUUCUGCCGUGUGGUGAGGGGAGCGAGGAUCUCCCGAACUGGAAACAGAGGACAGCGUCCUGUCAACAGUUCAAACAUAGUUUUACUUUAGAUUUCAUGGACGGAGAGAGGGAGUGGAGGGUGCUAAUGCCAGGGCUGUGAGUUGUCAGAGAGCUGCCACACAGGCCAGCGUGGAGCAACAUGACGGCGGUGGAGAAGUUCAUUUUCUGCAUGGUUACCCUGGCAUCUGUUUCUGCUCUGUAAUUAAGCAGAGGUAGAGCGAUGGCAUGGUGAAAUAAAUGUUCCUCUGUGUAUAUUUACAAAGCUUAUGAAGCCAGGCAGACAUCUAUCUCCCGUCUCAAUCUCACUUUUGAUAUUAACUUUUGAGCUCGGGUGCUUCCCAACUUAUCUCCCUGCAUCUUAAUUCCCCCUUCUUCUUCUUCUUCACUUCUUUACUUCUUCUUCCUCUUCUUUAAGCUCAACUGUCUCCUCUUCCCUACUUUCUCCACUUCCUCGACCUCCUUGCUCCCUCUCCUCCUCCUCCUCCUCCUCUUCCUCUUCGCUCGCUCUCGUCUGUGUGAUGCCAGCCUCCUGGGUUAUUGGACCAGAGAGCAUUCCUUUGAGACCACUUAGAAAGACCAGUGGAGGUAGAGAAAGAGAAGGAACAAGAGAAGAGAAGAAGUGAGAGGCUAGUGGAGAGCCUUGGGGGGGGGAGGAGAGCGGAAAGGAAGUUUUUCUGUCAAGGUCGAGUGCGGCUCGGUCUCACAUACAGUUCUUCCCACUUUGCGCGCACACACAUGCACAUAUAUCUCCGCCUGUGCUACCUCUUAGCGGGGAGCAUUUGAUCUUAAGGUUUUAGGAGUUUGUAUCAGACAUGAUAGGUCAAACUCUACAAAAGGAGAUCCCUCUGAAGGUUAAGCGCUCGGCUCAAAGGUCCCACAUGAGCUCUGAGCUUACAACCCUCUGAUCUCCACGCAGAGGAGCAGGAGAGCCGCAGGAUUAUUGGGGGGGAAACUCACGGAUGCUCUGCUGUACUUAUCUGAGCCCAAAUGUGCUUAACUGCAUGUCCCCCUGUGUGUGUGUGUGUGUUUCUGUCCUCUCUUUCCAAGGAGCAGACGGGAGAAAAGACCAACAACGGCACACAUUACAAGCUGCAGCUCCUCUACAGCAACGGUGAGUGGAGGUCCCAGAUUAAAGUGAGAUUCUGAGGGUCUAAUUUUAUCAUUCAGGCAGCCCCUCUAAGGCAUGUAAGAGGAGUUGAAAAGGUCGCCUGUGACAUGACACACACCUUUACGCUUAACUAAUCUUCUUCUACAUCCUCUCCUGAGCUCAGAGAUGACCUCCCUCUCUUUGUCUGAUCGCAAUUCAAGGCAAACUCUGCUGCCCAUGUAUGAAGAGAUAUAAUACAUACUGCCACCCUAACCCAGCUUCCCCUCCUUCCCCCUCCUUCCCAACUCCUCCAGCCCCCCAUGGUGCUCCCACAUCAGAUCAGGGGGGAUACACAGAAACUCGGUUCCCAUGAGCCACUGCUGCCCCUACUCUGCCAUCGCAGUGGCACCCAUGGGAGAGAAGAUAAAAGACAUGUUCCAGAGCAUUCCCCUAAUACAGUCUCCACACACACACUCGUACAUGCGAGCGCACCACAAGCACUUCCUCUACAUCCCCUCCUCUCAUCCUCUUCCCCCGAGCAAUAUCAAAGGCAUCUCAAUCGAGACUUUGAUGAGAGGAACACGUUUUAAAAGCAAUACUCUCUCAAGUCUCCGUAUAACAAAAAUCCUCGGGUAAUGCACUCGUCUCUCAAGAAGCGACUCAUUACACGCCGUUUUUACAUCUCAGGUGAAGAUUUGAAGUGUGUAAAGCUGUGAAAACAUCUCCCUUAAAUACAGAUCUGAUAAAAAAAAGAAGAAGAGAGGAUCAGUCUUUUACUUUUCUACCUGUUGGUGUGUUAGAGAUUAAAGUUGAGAUUAUUCAGAAGUGAAAAGAGACCCACCCGAGGAAGAGCCGCCUGACAAAUCGUGAGAAUGCGGCUGUAAAUUUUGGCCCUGAAGCAGGACGUGACUAAUAAUCAUCAAACAUCGGAUCAUUCCCAAUCCUCCCAGAAAUCAUCAGGGAGAAAUACGAACCACAUGCCAAUCUUCGUCCUCCAUGUUGGCUGGACGGAGUUCAAUGAUCCUUCUGAGAGCGAGAGCAGAGUUUGCGAUAAAAAAUAUUAAUGUCGUAAAUCUUUCUGUUUUAUUUUGAGAGUCCUGAGCAGCCUGUACUUUUUUAUGAAGUACAUUCAGAGGUUUUAGUUUCUUAUUUGCAGUACUUUAUUAUCAUGGUUGACAGAAUCUGCAUGAAUUUACUCCUUCUCUGUAAAAAUGUGAGUUUAUAUUUUCCAAUUUCUUGUGUUUUUGUCUUCCAGGCGUCCGAACGGAGCAGGAUCUCUACGCACGACUUAUCGACUCUGUCACUAAACAGGUUGGUGAACUUUUUCAGGAACUUCUCGAGGUGUAAAUGUCCUGCAGCUAUGAAAGUUAAACUCUAAUCAGAGCUAUAUGAAACUAAAUCUGUCCCAUUGCUCCUCAUUUCCUCCUCUCAGCCUAUAUCGUAUGAGGGCCAAAACAAGAACCCCGAAAUGUGCAGAGUCCUGCUCACACACGAGGUUAUGUGCAGGUGAGUCUUAAACACACAGAACUUCCACCCUCAGGGAUGAAAUCUAAAUACCCAUCACUCUCUCUCACUCAGCUCCGUCUCAUUCAGCCUGAAAUGUGGUUUUGGGACGAUGCUUUAGGCUCUGCUUUCUCUAAAACUCUAGACUGUGGUUAAAAAGUAAGUCUAGCCUGACUGUCAUCAUCCUUGUAAGUGUGGCAACCCCCUGCUGCUUUCUGCUGUAACGCAGCAGGUCCCUGGCCGGCUCCUGUUUCAGAACGCAGAUGCAUUUUAGGGAAUCGAUUCACUUUCUUCCUUCUUAAUGAAAACGUAACUCCAGAUCGUCUGUUUGGCUAAAUUAUCCACUCAGAACCGAGUCCACAUGUGAUGACAAGUGUAGUUUUAAUUUGACAAUGUUUUAUCCAGUUGUUUUGAUAGUAAGGCGAGUUUUUGGAGUCAGAAUAUGGUGAAUAAAGACGAGGAAUCUGGAUGGAGAAGAAGCUGAAGAGACCGGUCCUGAAGUAAGGCGGUGACCCAGGAUUUAAGGGGCAGCAUGGGGGGAAGGAUGGGUCCAGGACCUGGGGAGAGGGGCUGAAACAGAGUUCGGGUUCGCCAUUGUGUAGCUAGCAGAUGCCCAAAUGUGACUCACAGCUGGCUAAUAACAGAGCCGAGGAGGCAGAGGGCAAGCGUCACAGCUGGGGAGUGAGGCCGUCUGACAGGGGGGUGGAGGGGGGCAGGGCAGGGCCAAGCUGGGACACGAGAGGGGUGAGGCGAGGUGUAGGGGUGGCAGAUGGCUAGGGGUGGGGGCACUUUUGUUAUGCAGUGAAGGGGACUUUGGGGAAGGGGGGGCCGGCCAGCAGGCUCCUCGGACAGGACUGCUGACGAAUGGUAGGAUGUGGUGGUCGGUGUGGGUGCGCAGUGAAACGGCGUGGGGGUUGAGUUUGAUUUCGAAAUCAAUGUGACAGAUUGCCUGGCUGGCUUUUCACUUGUGAAUGGUCUCUCACUGUUUGUAGGGUGUGUUGUUGUACCUUUUCUUCCUCUUUUAUUCUUUUGUGUCUUCCUCCCCUCCCCUCUCAUGCCUCCUUUGUGUGCUGCUGGAUCUCCGCCGACUGUGGAGCAGAGCAGUCUGGGCCUGUGGAUGUAGAUGGGCCAGACGAAGAAAGAUGGCUCCUCCUGUUUAAUUUGUUUUUUUUUUUUCCUCCUUUACUAACUUUUUUAUCCUCUUCUCUGUCCACUCAGCCGCUGCUGUGAGAAGAAAAGUUGCGGCAACAGAAAUGAGACGCCAUCUGACCCCGUCAUCAUCGACAGGUAAUGAGGUCAAACCCCGUCUUGUACAGAGUCCAUCACCUCAGACACACACCUCUUCAUACGACACAAUUCAUUGUUGCAUAUGCACACAAACAGAGCAGUCAUGGUGUGAACUGAAACCCUCUUGUGCUGGGAUCUCACUGAACAGAUGUGGUGUUUGAGGCUAAAAAAGAGGAGUACUCGAGUUUGUUGUUCCUCGGAAAGGCAGGCAGGGACUCCAUCGGGGAUUUUUGGGCUUCAUGAGAAAACAUCACGCCAGGCCUUCUCACUUUUCUACCACAAAUGUUCAGCGCUAUUUUUGAGGGGCUCCCGUCGAGCACGGACUUUUGGAGUCGUCUUUUCUUUCCCCCUUAUGCAGCAAUCAGAGCAUGUGGAAAAUCAGCCUAAAGAGAAAGAGAGAGAGAGAGCGAGAGAGAGAUUGGUUUAUUGGUCAUAUAAAGGUUAAACAUCGUCAACAAUGCAAUGAAAUGCCCUGGAUAAGAAGAACCGCUCGACCCAAAGAAGUACAAAUAACACACAUAAGUACGAAGAAGAAUACAAUAAAAUAAGGAUGCAAAAGUAUUACAAAGUCAACCAAAAAGGACGCUGGGGUUUAGUCCAGUUUGAGUGUUAAAAAGUAGAGAAAACACAUUAAUCCAGGUCCAAAACUUUUGCCUCCAGAUAAAAAAGUGAUAUGAUGAAAUGAGGUUAAAACAGGGUGAGUGAAACGGUCAACAACCCAAUGUCUGACUACACCAGUGAGAUUUAAAUAAUCCGCCAAACAUCCCAAAACCACACCCCUCAGUGUCGAUCCCCGGAAGUGACGUACCAAUUAGAAAUCACAUCCUCGACAAAAUAUAUUUUGGCUCCUACAAGAAAUAUUUACAAAGUGGAGAAGCGAUGCAGUAGGUGCUGUCAGAGGGUGAAUGUGUGCAAUGGGGGAUAAGUUAGUGGGAUAAAUGAGGAAUGAAUUGCCAGACUGCACAUGAUGAAUGAGGAAAAUAUGUUUAGAUGUUACUUUAAAAAAGAUCAAAUCAUAAAAUUAACUUGACGAAUUUCGGAGCUUAAAAGCACAGACUGAACAGUAGUUGUUUUUUCACGCACCUGUUACCUGCUGCAUUCAGGUCUUCUCAUAUUUACUCUCUCAGUGAGCACAGACUCAAUGAUGCAUGUUUUGGCGGUAGGGCUGGGCGAUUAACUGAAAAUUUACUGAUACCGAAAUUUAUGACAAUAACCGACAUAUCAGUAUAUUCGGUGUCAAAAUAAAUAAAUAAAAGUUGGUUUUGGAUGUGUGUAGGUAGGUUAGGUUAUGGUCUCAUGUCCCCCUAAGACUCUGUCCUAUGUCUGAGUUGUGACUCCGCCCCAUCCAGUCCGUAACAAAGAGGGAAAGACAGGUGAGGAGAUGGAGGACGGUUCAAAAGUUGUAGCGGCUGAAGUAGACGAAGUUAAUGUGAGAGGGGGUGAGCAGCUUGUGGAGUAGUUAUCGUCCAUUUAUGGUUAUCGAGGUGAACUGCUCAAUAUAUCAUGAUAUUGAUUCGAAACCAUAUCGUCCAGCCCUAAUUGGCGGUGUGUUUAUGCAGAUGUAUAAACACCUCUUAAGGGUCUGCGAGGAAGGCUGUAAUAUAAAGUUUAGGGUCCAGGUCUUUGCGCACUCUUCCUCUCUUUGUUUCUUUCUUCGCCCUGCUGCUGCUGAGAUCUGUUUCGUUUUGGUCACUCAUUGCCUUCAGCAGUCCAGACCCUGCUGCUGCUGCACCUGAAACCUGCUCGAAGCACAGAUUCUCCUUCAUCAGAAGCAUGUGGAUCUUUCAUCCCGGCAGACUGGCUCACAUAUGUAGUAAAUGUUCACCCUGACAGCCAGUUAUCAUCGGGCUUGAAGGAGGAUGACCACCGCCAUAAUCGGCGUGUGUGAGGGCCUUCACGUUCGGGGGAUUUUGGGAGGUCUCACACUGUCUGCCUGGCAUUAACCAGUGUGAUGAAUGCUCAUAAGCAGACCGCAUGUGAAAUACUUUCUCUGUGAUGUCAUGAAUGCAACCUUCGUCUCCUCUUUCCCUUUCCCUCCUUCCUUCCUUUCUUCCUUUCCUCGGAUUGCCUGUCUCGAAACACUCACUUCAUAUACGUCAAGGACCCUUUUCUCUCCCCUCCUCAGUUCGAGCUGGCUGACUGUUGACAGUGUGUCUCAGAGGAUCUCUGCUGAAGAUAGUUUUCAUAUAACGGAAAAAUCGGGCUGUUGUCUUUUGAAAAUUUUCCCAGAAUACCUUAGAGCAGCUGUUUUUCUCGUUUACUGUUGCACAUUACUUCCUCAAUAACCCCCUCGGCGCUGCUUUCAUACUUCCUCCUAACAUGGCCAAACCUCCUCCAAAUUUGUUUGUAAGUAGCUUACAGAGGAGAGGAGCGAUCUAUAUCUCCUUGUGUGUGUGUGUUCGUGUGUGUUGACCUACUGUACUCUCUAAUCACGCCGCGCACAUCCCCUCCUGAUUGGGGCUCCUCUCUUCUGACUGGCCUGUGAAAUCCUCUCCUCGGGGAGCGGCCUAUUAGCAAACAGUUAAUUUCUGAUAAGCCAAUGAAAUUUGGCGUUGGCCUGUGCCCUUUCAUCCCACCUUCAGCGCACAUUAUCUUCUCCGCUGCACAAACUCGAACCGAAAGAGCCAAAGAAAUGGAAGGACGCGCUUUUUGUGUACGUUCAGAGCGCGCACACACACUAUUUGUCGUCAUAUAUUUUAACGUGCGCGUAGAGAUCCUUGCACGUUUAUUUACGCAUGUAUGUGGAUGUAUGCGCAAUCGUCUAUGUGUCUCUGUGACCCCUGCUUUGACCUUUUUCUCUACACUGCUUAGGUCUUAAAUUAUUCAUGUGUGUGUGUGUGUGUGUGUGAGUGUGUGUUUGGAGGAGACGGUCUGUUUCUGUGGCUCCAGUAAUCAGCCUCCUGCUCCCAGCCCCAACACCUGUUCUCCAAUUAACAUGCAGCGUGCUGGGGCCCACUCGCUCCUCUCGCUCUCUACCCCUUUUCUUCCUCCUUUUCUCCUUUCUCUCUCCGCCUUAUGCUCCCUUGCUCCCCUCCUCGCCUCCCAUCUCUUCUUCCUCUUCUGCGCUCCCUACCUCUUUUUCCCCUCUUGUCUUCCUGACUUCUUCUCUCCACAUAGCUUAAUUCCUCUGCUCUUCUUCCCAUUUUCUCCACCUUACCGUCUCCUCCACCACCAGCAGCUCCCGCCCCCUCCCUCCCUUUAGCCUGUCUAAUUUUGCCAUAAUUAGGCGGUGUCAUUAGGACACCUACCCAAGCACAAGGGAGUUUGCAAUUCCCCGAACGUCCCAAACCCCCACUUUUCUAAUCUCCUUUCCAUAUUGUUUCAGUUUUUUCUCCCCCUUCUCCUGCUGCUGCUGCUGCACACACCACCCCUCCUCCGCCUCCUCUUCUCCCUAAUCCUGAUUUGAGUGAAAGGGGAGAGAGGAGAUCACAGCUGAUCCAUAGGGAGGGGUGCAGGGGAUGGAGGGUGGAGGGGGCCGGGGAAUGAAGAGGGCAAGGGCAGUCGUUGACAAAGAGAUGACUCUUCAGGGGGAGAAUUAUCUAACGCCCGCUCCCUGCUGUGUCUAAUAGUUUCACAAUUAUCUCAUCUUAACUUUGGGUGAACCGCCGCGCUCACAGCGCUGAUGUGACUCCUCUGUUUGGAGAGCUUCUUAUCUUUGAAUGAUGAGGAGGCUUGUCCAGUGAUUGGUUAGAUGAUUGAUCAAUAGAUAGAUAGAUAGAUUGAUUCCUAAGGGCUCAUCAUCAUAAAUCUUCCUUAACUCAGUCACUGUUUUGACUUCUUCUCUAAUUUGGCGCUUUUUUUCCUUUUUUUCCAACAUUAACUGUCGGGAAAGUAGUUUGAGAAUUGUGAAGAAAAUAAUUGAACAGAUAUUGAAAAUGGAUUGAUAUUGUUGAUUUAUGAAGCCAAAAUAGACAUGUUACUGUUUCUCACUGCUUGAUAUUUCUCUAUUUCUCCACAAUCAGCUGGCUGCUUCAUCAGUCUUGUUUUCUUUGACUCCUUACAGGUUUCCUCUGAAUUCUUCUCGGUAUUAACCCAGGCAGAUCUGUUAAUGGCAGGAUUAUUGGCCAGCUGACCCCUGACCCCUGAAAAACUAUAUUGGUUCUGGGCCAAAGCUGGCCCCUGUAUUUAUGAGUGAACCAUGGCUUUACAAUGGAGACAAGCAGAUGUCAGUAUUAGUAUUAGACCGUGGUGUUUGAGAUGGAAAAGGGGGCCGUCUCAGCGUGUGUGUGUGUGUGUGCUUUUAUAUUUGGCUAAGACGCUGGGAUCAAUAGUUGGUCAUGAGGAGUGUGUGGAGGGAUCCAUCGUAAGGCAAGAGUCCAUGAAAGGGGGGGGUGGGGGGGUGAUCAAUGGCAAGCACUAUCUCACUAAUUGAUCCUGUUUCCAAGAGGGGUCUUUUUUAACAAGCGGGCGCUCAGAGAAAAGAGGAAUAAUCAAUGAGAAUUUUCCAAUCUUGUCAAUACGGUUCCCUCCCCUGGACUCAAAAUAAGCUCUCAGAGGUUAAAACAUCCUCCUGCAUAUCAUCAUUUUUUAAUACUGACCCUGUUUCUAAAGCUCUACUCUAACAAAGUUUGGUCUAUGAGUUUAUCAUUCUGUUAUUUACAUGAUGAAGAGUUGUCACGGGCUAUAGCUCGAUUUCAGAUGCUUGUCUUCAAGAGGAAUCCAUUACUCUUAAUCUCAGGUUGUGGGUUGUAUUGAUCUGUUUGUAGUCCUGGUUCUAGUUAUGUGCUUGUACCACAGCUAUGUUUCCAACUAGUCAGUGCAGGGAUCUGCUGUUUUCUCCGUCCUAAUCGAUGAGUGGAGGGUGUUUUAGCUCCACACUCGGUAAUGUUUAUAUUUCUAGAUACUAACCACGUCUACAUGGGUGAAAUUUCUUGAUCUGAUUAAAAAUUUGAGGGAUUGGAUGAUCUGAAUCCACUGUUUAUGUAGGUGCGAAAUUGAAUAAUCCGAUCAUGCACCAAGCUUUUUUCAGAUUAGAAAAAAUUGAGCGUCAUGUAAACAUGUCGAUCGGAAGAUUCUGAUCCGAUUCGGCUCAAUCGGAAAGAAAUUGUAUUCCGAUUGGGAGGGGUGUUUAUGCCGAUCGUUAUUCCGAAACGCCUCCAUGUAAAAACACUUAUUCCAACCGUGACACUCUUACCUGACUCGGUCUUCGCAGUCAGUAACUUUUUAAAAAAUUUUUUGCAUCACCACUUUUUUUUUUUUCGUCAUUAACUUCGGUUGUGGCUUUUUUAUCUGCGCCGUUUCUUUUUUUGUUUGCAGCGUGCUUCAGUUUCUUUUCCGUUGUGACCUUUUUUUUUCCACUCUUGUUUUAUUUGCAGCAGCGGCGGUUCUUGGCCACCGUAGAGAGCGACCCACAAGAGUUAUCAUCAGAGAACAUGUAAUCGCCUUUCUCUCAGCUGCUGAUCACAAACACUCCUUCUUACUGAGUAUUCGUCCCACCCUAUUCCUAAUCUUAAGAAAUAAAAAUGAAACCAGGAGGAAAAUUAACAGCUCCCAUUUCAGACCUUCAGACAUAGAGGCAGUGCAGGUACAGCGUGCCAGUAUCAGUCAGGACGAGCAUCUUACAGCUAAAAGAGAAACCUUAACUGGGAGUCUGAGAAACAAUCUCCUGAAGUGACAUUGUUGUCUCGCACAUAAAACUCUCAUAUAUAAUGACCUAACAGGGCAACUUGGCUGCAGUGCUUGAGUAUGCUUCAGGGAGAGGGGAGGAAUUCGACCCCUGACACAGUCCAACAAAUGUUACUGCAUUUAUUCUUUGGCUGAUAGUUUAAUGUUCUUUUCCCAAAGACUUUCUAUUUUCUUUUCUGUUUAAGCCGAAGCAGAAGGAGGCUGGUGUUCCCCGCCAUUAGCAGUAUAAGGAGGAGGAACUAUCCGGCCUGUAGUGAAAAAGACAUUCAGAAGAGCAGGGGGAAGUGGCCCGCAGCGUGUUAUUUCUUUAAAUUUGUUUAAGACGGGCAGGCUCGAGCAGGUGGAUGGAGUAACAUAGAAACAGAUGGUCAGACGGCUCUCUGAGACAUUUACAUACAGCAACAAAUGACAUCUGAAUAGUUUAUUGUCAAACUGUCCAGACAGUGUUAAUCCGUAAAGAACUGUAAAAAAGAAGGGUACAGUUUUACUGCACGAAAAAUCUGUGUGCAUGUGUAAGAUAAAAUGUUCAAGACUCGAUAUCUGCACAAGUUAUUUAUGAACAAUAGCUGCGUUUACAUGGGCACAAAUAAUCGGAAUAAAUGCAUGAUCGGAAUAAAAAUGCAUCAUAAUGACGGUGCACCGGUGUUUUACGAUCUAGGCACAGAACACGACGGUGAGAAGACAAGCAAAGAAGUUAGUGGAAAGGUUAUUGUUUAAUUUUGCUUCGUAAACUUUUCAAUGUAGCGCUUUGAGUUGAUAUGAAAUUGAAAUGAAGCGAACACGACACUGGCAUCCUCCAGAUCAACUUCAUAUGGACUUAGGCGCUACAUGGCCUAACCAAAUGACACAUCGAAAAGUUUAUGAAGCGAAAUUAAACAACAACCUUUCCACUUACUUCUUUGCUCGUCUUUUCGCCGUCGUCUUCUGUGCCUGUGUGCGUAAAACACCGGUGCAUCAUCAUAAUUGGUCCCUGGCAGCUCACUUCCGAUGUGGCUUUUUUUAAUUUGCAUCCUUUUAUUUUCUCAGUAAGUUACUUUUUUUUUGCAUUGCCACUUUUUUUUUUCUCGUCAACUUCCAUUGUGGCUUGUAAUCUGCACCAUUUCUUUUUUUAUUUGCAGUGGGCUUCGGUUACUUUUUUCUUCGUCUUUUUUUUUUUUGCAUCAGUGACUUCCAUUGUGCUUUUUUAAAUUUGCAGCAGUGGCUGUUCUGGGCCACCGUACUCUCUCCCCUACUUUUAACCAAACUUACUAAAAGGAUGUGGAGGCAGCUCCUGGCCAGAGAAAGAGCUGCAGAUGGGGUUGGAAAAGUCACACCUCUCGAGUUUCUAUAAUAGGGAAUACUUUUCUCUUUCUAUUUUUUUUAAAAAAUCUUCACAUCUGUUGCACCUCUUGUCGUUCUGUCACUGCAGCUGUAUGUCCUGUUACAGGAGUUUUAUUUGCCUUGCGCACGACACGACAUGAAAUUUCAGGACCCGUCGUAUCACCAGUCCAGGUCACAGUGAUGGUAGACCGCACAGCAAACUGACGCACUUAUUAAUAUGUGUGCAUAAAAUACCUGUCCGUCACGCACACAUACACGCACACAGACUAAGUCAAACACAGCGGUCCCCUCGGUCCGCUGUCACAGGUCUCUCUCCCUGGUGGACGCGUACUGUCCAGUCCCACCAGACCCCCUGUCAGCGAGCCCCUCAGGCAGGGGGAGGCCAGGCAGCGUGGCGACAGGGCCCUGAGGCUCCAGUGCACACCACGGCACACAGGCUGGACCACUGAGCAGCUGGCACCGGACCGCGGGGAUGGCUCCUCCCUGGGGGCAUCGCGAGAGGGAGACUGACAUGAAGACAGACAGGGAGAGACGAUGCGAUGUCUAGAAUAUCAAAUCCACUGACAGGUACUGCGAGAGGAGCCUCACUCUGAGUUACACCGAGGAAAAUGAGUUCAGGGACCUUUUCUGCGAUGUAGUCUCAUGUGAACGAGGAACAUCCGGGACUCCAGCGUACACAGGAAGUGUGUAAUGAGUGGUGGGUUAUGAGCCUAGUUUGUGUUCGGUCACCUUUGCUCGGCUCCGGCCUGUGUUGGCUGUUGUGGCUUGAACCCUGACACGAGGAGUAGGCCUGGUUUGUUUUCUUUAAGGGAGCCUACAGAGGAUGGGGGGGCAGUCGAAAACAGAGGACAGCCAAGAAAUGUUUUGACAGGAAAUAGGAUUGGACUAGCAAUGGGCUAAUGGGGGGGCAGCAGGGGGGCUCUUUGAGGAGGGCGGUGGGGGGAAUUAGAAGUUUUGAGUUGCAGCUGAAUGGCGCUCUAAAAGGCCUCGCUCUCCUGGAGUAGCUGGGGCGAGCCCUACCAUUUGUCUGGGCUCUAAUGGGGUUCACCUUUGGUUGAGCGGUGUAGAGAUUAAGUAGGGGCACUUAGAGGAUCAGAAAGGGGCAGAUUAGCGUGAUUUAGAGGGUCUUCAAAUCAAGAGUAAGUGAGCUGUAUGGGGUGGGAUGUUCAGAUACAGUUGUCAGUGGGUUUAUUGUUCAUGUGAAAUCUCUGUACUGGUCUUUUUAUUUGCGAGGAAGUCCUGAAUCAGUGCAGCGAGGAUCUUGUGUUUGCGUGUCUAUGUGUGAGUGUGGGCGUGGAGUCAGAGGCCAGUUAGCGAUGGUAUUUAGGAACAAGGGUUGUUUUCUUUGGCUGGAUGCUGCCUCUGUGGGUGGAGCUGCAUGUCUGUGUGUGUAUCUGUGUGUAUAUGUGUGUGUGUUAUCGGUCACCCCCUCCUUAAAUUUCACUAAUGACUUAACAAUGCCCCCUGGUGCCGCUCCGGCCCUCUGGCCACCUUGUAAGUUUGUUUGUCUGUUUAUCUGGGGGUCUGGGUGGAUUGUAUUUCUCACAGGAGUUACAUUCGUCUAAAAAUUCUCCACCCGUCCACUUUUUAAACAUUUGCUAACACUAAUAUUUACACAUGUGCUGUAUUUCUUUGUAAAUUAGAUUAAGUCUUCCUUUUGGCUUGUGCUCAAGAAACACUGUGAGAAAAAACAAGAUGAGGAUACAAUAGAUCUGCAUUUCAGAGAGCAUCUACUUCUGUUAGAGAGUGAGAGAAAACCAUUUAGAGUUCAGUUUUCGAUCUUUACACGGCUCUUUCCAUGUCUUUAUGGAGGAGAUGCAACAAAUGAAAAUAAUAAUAAUAAUAAUAAUAACAUAUAUCUACAUACACAGGGUUAACACCUCUAGUAUUCUUCUUUACUCCCCAGUCACCGCCCCACAACAAAUCAGACUUCUGUCCCACACAAGAUACAGCGCCCGUCCACAUCAGAACUCCUCCUCUACUCAUCCAUCUCGCUCAAAUCUCAUGUGGGGACUCCGUAGUUUGAUGAAAAUCUCCUUUUUAUUGUUCAAUCAUAAAAAUUAGUUCUUCGUAGCAGGCUAUUUUAUUCAUUUCUUCCAACCAUUCAUUAAAUUGUGUAAUAUUUCUUGUUUUCAGUGUCUUAGAGUAAUCCUACGCCUGGUAGUAAGGGCCAGUCUACACCAUAAAGAGUUUGCGAGAGUGAUAACUCUGUUCCCUCUAUUAUUAUGCCCAAAAUACAAAGGGUGGGGCUCCGAGGUAGAUCUAUCCUGGAUAAUAUUAUAUUUUCCAUCAGAUUCACACAACUUCAAUCUCGUCAUUUUAUAAGAGUCCAAUAAAGCCUAUGGAUGAUUUUAUAUGUAAUCAGACUGGUCUUUAUCUCUCUAGAUGUUCUAUUCCAGGAUCUAGUUAUUUCCUCCCAUUUCUCCAUCUCGCCCUGUAGAUCCUCUUCCCAUGCUCUCUUGAUAGCAUCAAGUUUUGGUGGGUGGGAUUGUCUCAUAAGACGGUAAAAUCUAGAUGCACCGCCCCAAACCCCUUGGUUAUUCUGUACUAGUUUUUCUAACUCUGUUUGAGGUAGCAGGGGGAGUUUUCGUUGUACAGACAAUUUACAGAUUCUUAACUGCAAAUAUUUCCAAAAGUCUUGUUUGGGGAUUCUGUGUUUAGUUACCAGUUGGACAAAAGUCAUAAAAUCAUUUCCCUCAAAAACAUCUCCAAUAUAAAUAAUCCUUCUUCAACCCAUGAUUUCUAAUAGAGUGUGUUUUUUUUACCCACUUUCAACAGUUUUUUAUGCCAUGAGAUGCAGCAAAUUUAAGAGAAAUGAAACUUUCUGAUGAAACGAGAAGAGAGAUCGAACGACUGCAGCGUCUUUACAGUCUUUUGCAUACAUGCAUAUCCAUGUGUGUGUUUCAGUGUGUGUUUGUGUAAUAGUCCUGAUGAAUCCGUCAGGGCUGAGGGCAGGGGGUGAUGUGACUGCUGACAGGCUCCCAGCAGGCCUGCUGAGAGCUCCAACAGUCUGUGUGCCCUCCCUGAAGCCCCCCCAUCACCCGGCUCCCCUUCUCUUCUCCUUCUCCUCAUCCUCGGCUCCUCACAUUUGCUGUGUAUUAGCCACGGACAGUAAAUUACAGCACCCUGGACCUCUGAGUGAUUCCAUUCCCAUCUCUUCACACGUUCUCCUCCUCCUCCUCCUCCUCCUCCUUCUUCUCUCCCUGCAGCACCAUUACCCAGCUCACCUUCUCUCCUCGUCUAUCUGUCCGUCUCCCUCCUUUUUCUCUCGUUUUGAUCCGUCUCCCUCACUUCUGUCUGUCAUACUCGUCCUAGCUCCUUGCCUCCCUCAACCCUGUCAGAUUUCUCUCCCCUUUCUGUCUUUCUCCUCUCACUUCUGUUAGACUUCUCAUCCUCCGUUUCUUCUAUUGUGUCACGCUACACGGCUCUCUCUCCCUUACACAUUCUCUCCGCUCCCCCCGUUUACUUUCUUACAAGCAGGUCCCUGUUGUCUCGGCUUCACAGGUUUCUCUUCUACUUCUGUCUCUCGUCCUCCCUCCUUCCCUGCCUCUCUCUCCCCUCUUUGCUCUCCCUCCUCCCUCCCUGCCGUCUCUCUCUCUCUCUCUCUUUCUGGAAACAGAUGUUGUUUGUCAGAUCUUAUCAUUACUGGCUAAUUAAGAAGACAUCUCUUCUCCUUCUGUUGUUGCCUCUCCUCUCCCUCUCGGUGCCAUCCAUCCUACAGUCACUGUUCCUCUCUGCGAAAGGUUUCAGGUCGAGCUUUGAUUCGGCGGCGUCAUUGAUAAAUCUGAUUAGUGACUGAUUGAAAGAGUAUUGAGAAACGAAGAGGAGUUCUGGUGUAUUGCAGAUGACCCCUGGUUUGUUUGAAAUCUACUCCCCUGUAGGAUGCACUCCAUCCUCGGCUGACAGUUGAGAGUAUAUUUGAAUCCUCGUCCCUCAGGAGGCGCUGAGCAUGCUGGGAGAGGUGAGGCCACUGAUGGGACUUCUAUUCCCUGUCCUGGUUGUGAAUUCAUGUUCUCCAGACUUUGAAUAUCUCCCCAUAUCCAUCUAUUUGGCAGGCUGACCGCUGUCCCAUGUGGCCCAGCUUAGUAUGCAAUCUAUGCUUUCGGCUAAGCUUGGGAGACUGAAAAAUUCAUUCAUUUGAAAUUGUUGAAAUGCACAUUUAGCAGCUAGCAAUGUGAGGCUGGGCGGUAAAACACUUUUGCACCCAGGAGAAAGCUCGUUGAGACACUCUAGUGCCUCUUGUGUACGCUUCCCAUCAUCCCACUUUCCUCCUCUCAGCCCCAUUUUUCCCCCCAGCUCACUCACUUUAGCGGUGUCAGGACUGAAGCUUUUACUGCGCUACCAAGCUCUAUAAAUCAGCGCUAGUGGUUUAAAUGUUUAGCUUUGUCACAGUUCUCAGGUUUAGAGGCGGGGUGGGCCGGGGCGGAGGUUGUAGGGGUGAAACCAGCCUGGGAGGCAACAGAGGUAGGAGAGUAGAGGCCGAGAGGGGCACAGAACCAAACCAGCAGGAGAAUUUAUAAGGAGCUGAUGUCUCACAUGUGCUGGCUGUCUGUCGGAGAAUACCUGGAGUCAGUUUACGGACUGAUUCUUUCACCUCUGAUCAAUACGACUGGAUAUUAGAGACUUCUGACAUCCUGCAAUUAUAUCAGCUGAGUUAGCCCCAAGUAUAGCCCACAUGUGUUGUACUUGGCUUUGCUUCAGAGGGAAGAAAUAUUUUCCCUUUAAUUUAUUUUGAAGUGGUCUGAAUUAUUAUUUAACUCAAUAGCUAUCAUAUUAAAGAAUGGGGAAAAUAAAACUAUUAAUCUGUUAAUCUAAGCAAACAUACUGUCACAGUAUUUUAUCACUCGGUGCCUUGAGGUCAGAUAACAAGCUCCAUAAAAACAAAUAUUGUCUUAAAAAGUCCCGUUUGUGCUUCACUUUCCAUUUUCUGCGACUUUAUACUUUCACUUAAAUCCAUCCAGAGAGGGGGGGAUUUUAAAUAUGGUUCAUAUUUUUUAAACCCUAAACUUAUGUGACAGCUAAACAGGAAUUACUGGAUUUAUAAACUAAUUUAAGAGUUAAAUUAUCACAUUUAAAACAUAACAACAUAUUUGAUAUUUUAAGAAAAAUGUAUUUUAAAAAAAUCCGACAACACCAAAUAAAAGCAAAUUAAAGUUUUUAAUAUAAUGUAUCAGGAAUGAUGUAGUGAGUACAUGGAUAUGUGAAUGACAGUCUUUAAAGGGUGUGCAAAACCUGGUAGUGAAGCAGAGGGAUCUUCACUUAACAUGAUUUCUCUUGUGACAAACAAAAGAAACAAACAAUUUGAUAUUAAGUGGUUAUUUAAAGACGAUUUGAUUGAUUCACAGAUGUUUUACCAAAUAACCACAUUUUUAGGUGACACUUUCAUGGCAUACUUGCAAGACAAAUUUACAUUUACUAAACAUUUCAUUUCACUUUUUGUUGUUAUCAGUAAUAAUUCAUAUUAAAGGGAUUAUUUUAAUCGAUGGUAAUGGUAAGACAAAGUGACAAAGCCUUAGUAAACACUGUGAACACAAUAACAGAGUUUCACCUCAUUAUUGUUGUUGACGAAAACCUCUAUUUCUGUUCGUGCUUUUAUUUUGAUAUUUUCUCAAGCUUCAGUUUCGUUGACUUUAUUUCCUGUGUGGUGAAACUAUGAAACUUUAAUUCGAAGAACUCUACUUCUGGUGGUUUGUAAAUUGGAGAUGAAUGAAAACCGUUAAAAGAAUGGUUAGGAAGUAUAAAUGUGUCGGAGACAAAUAACCCGAGCGGGAACAAACUCCUGCUUUAUUUUGGUUUCAGAUUUUUCAUCAGCAUUAAUUUAAAAAGUGCUUAGUCAUCUGUCAGAAGGCUUCAACAAGCUCGUUGGCAGUGCGCUACUUCCCCUCAAAAAAAAUUUAAUAAAUAAAUAAAAUAGAAUACAUAAAAAAUAAAUAGAAUUAAAUUAAAUCAAAGAAAUUAAAGAUAGUAAAAAAUAAUAACAUAAAAAUAAAAAAUUAAAUUAAAAAAAAAGAUAAUAAUAAUAAUAAUAAAAAAACUUCCCCUCAUCCUAGUUUUAUAUCUGGUGGCAGCCAGCGUAAGCGACCACUACUAUGAAGUUAUGGUAAAACUUUUACUAAAUUUCAGCACUUUAUUAGUAUUUUAUUACUUCUAAAAAGAAGUUUACCAUUGCAAUAAAUUUAGUUGCUACAUUCACCUCUGCUACAUUCUGAUUUAACUUUGUACUGAUCUGCACUUGCUGUUGCCUGGAUUGCAGGACAGGAUCUUGCUCCUCUUUUGCCCUAAUACUCCGUCAUACAAGACUCCUCUUUAUGGUUUGAAUCAUGUUGUCCUUAGCCGCGUUUUGUCACUUUGAGAAAAGUUGAUCAUUGAUUUUUUGAGGUUUUGAGCUUUCUGAAUCAAAUAUUGGAAGUGAUGCUGCUGUUUUUACUUCUUUCUUCUCUCUUGUAUUUUUUUAAUCACUCUGAGUACAAUACAACCACAAAACUGACAGACACAGUUACCUCACAGUGAAAAAUAAAACGACAACACAAGAUACAAGCAAAACAAAGCAGAAGGCAACCUCACAAAGUCAGACAUAAUUGUUAUAAACGCUUCAAAACGUCAGCCUGAAUACAGCACAUGGCAAAGAAUAGUGCACUUAAAUCAACAUCAAUACUAAUUAAUAUGUGUGAAAACUGGGCUCUUUCAAAUUUCACUGUCAACUAGUGCAGGAGACUACAGAGCCUUCAAGAUGUAUCCUGACACUAACUUCAGAGCUCAUCUAGAGCAACAAGGAGCCUCCCAAUCUUCAACAAUAAUUCUCUCAUCCACUAACAAACCAUGAAGGUCUGCCGCACAAGCAUGUGGUAACAUAAUAGAAGCUUCAGAGCAUAACAAGGCAAUCAAAGCGUCACCGAGAGCGCCCUUUGUUAUCUUACAUCUGUCACAUAUUUCAGAAACAUCAGCACUCAUUUUGUUAAUCCGUCUUUUUAAGAAAACUGUAACUUUGAGCUGGUGGUUGUUAGACGUCGUUUGAAGAAGUGGAGGUGUCACUGGCUGAUGUAGUGACCAGCCAUCUGCUAACAGAGCGAUAUCUGGUGAAUCAGCUGUUUUAUUAAUGCCCAACAUGAAGUCGGUUUGGCUCUGUGACAUUAGCUGGAGGGGGGAGAGAGAAGCUGAUGCCACAGAUAUCCUGUAUGUUUUAGAAAAGGGGGUGGAGGUGGGUGGGGGUGCAGGCUGGUGUGAAAGGUCCUGUGGUGGUAUGUGACUGAGGGGGUAUCAGUUCGUGGAGGGUUUUCUGUGCCCCAUUAGCAGUGUCAAAGGUCAUGUGCCCCGGGUGUUAACCCUGGUGACCAGUCUAGCUUCCAGUCUGCCAGGGGACCUGAGUCCAGGGGUAUUUAUUACUGCCCCCCUCCCUCACCUCCCCGCUCCAUCCCCCAAACACGGCUCUCCCAAUGGAGGAAAACAAAACAACUCCAGCCCCCCUCACCCCCUCACCCCUUCCUCAGCCUGGGUACAUGUACUAAUUAGACACAUAUCCAUACACUGACGCAUGACGACCCAUCUGUGGAUUUCUGGAAUAUUCUUAGGUCAACACUGGUUUAUCCAAAUCCAAGCAUGUAUAACCACAGGCUGCAGCGUGUUUUUGACCGCUUUUAUUCACACGGUGUCUUAAAAAUUAACCAACAUAUGAAUUAUAAAUAUUUGUUUUUAAUUCAGCCUCUUUUAAGGUCUGUUUUAGGGCUGGGCGAUAAAACGAAAAUGAAAAUUUCCCCUCAAUAUCAAUAUAAAACAUGGUCAAUAUGCUUUAGGGAAGUUGCUCCGGGUCCGCUUCGUGCUGAAUUAGAACCAAGUAGCAAACAACUGCAGAGCUACACGCAACCAUAGCACUUAAACAUGUGAAGCCGACAGCACUGAAAAUGAAGAAUGCAGAAAGAUGACAUUCACUGGCACAAAAACGUCGGUGGUGUGGAGGUAUUUUAGUUUUUUGAGGUCAGAAAUGAAGCAGAGUAACGUGCAAAUUAUGUUGAGUACAUGUUCCCACAAAGUCGGGGAAUACCUCAAAUCUUUUUCACCACCUGAAGCAGCGCCACGCUGCAGAGCAUGCGCAACGCAAAAGGUCACAAACCCCGAGCAGAGCAGGGAGCCCAUGGCGCCUGUGCAGCCAAAACAGCCGACCAUUCAGUCUGCUUUCUCUCACGCAACGCCUUACGACAAAACGUCAAAGAGACACAGAGACCUCACAGAUGAAGCAGCUUAUUAUAUUGCAGAAGACAUGCUGCCAAUAAGUACUGGUAAACUUCAUUUCUUAUAUUGUGAUAUAUAUUAAUAUCGACUGAUAUGAAAAAAUAUAUUGUGAUAAACUUUUUGCCGUAUCGCCCAGCCCUAGUCUGUUUACUUUUUGUGUUUUAAUAUUUAAAGUUGGGUCAGGAUUCAUUCCUCUUCACUUCCUCCUGAGUUUUAGCAUGAAUGUGUGUGUGUGUGUGUGUGUGUGUUCCUUGUGUGUCCAGUGUGUGACAUUCGCUUGCAUACAUGCAUACAUCUGGGCCUGCUGCAUGAGUUAGUGCUCUCAGUGUGUGAGUGUGGCAGAGGAAGGCCCUCUGCAUGUCAGUAUGUUUUAAUGCCUCACAUCUGGUUUCCUAAUUUUCCUCCCUCCCCUCAGCUCUCCUCCACCGCGAUGUCAGGACACUGUUUUGUUUUUUCAGGGUGGGUGGGGGGACUCUGAUGAGUGAUGGCCCUGAAUACAGGACAUCAACAUUCUCUUCCUCUCCAGCUCCGUCUUCUCUUCUCAUCCUGUCCUCCAUUGUCUCUCCUUCUUUUAAUUUCCCACAAUUAAAAAAGAAUUAGAGAUUUGACUCCUUUUGUGUCAUCGCCUCCUUCUCCUCUUAUACAUUUUCCUUCUGUCGGAGCAGCAGGGCAUCCACAUAUGCUGGUCAAAAUUUACAGCCUCCUCCUCCUCCUCAUUCUUUACCUUCAUAUUUUCCCUUACAUACUUUUGCAUUAAAGCAUAAAUUUUUCAUUUUUGCUCCAGCAUCCAGAAAGAAAGAGCCCCCCUCCCUUAAAAAAUAGGCAAAUGGAGAAAGUUUUCAAGCUGUGAUGGAAACCAACUUGAACCCGGUGUUAAAGCCUUUUGCAUCAGAUACUUGAAGAGCGGCUGCUACCAGUAAACCUUCAUUUACAAUGAGCACAGAGGGCGACGUGUUUUAUGUCUAUGUGAAAAGGCAGUUUAUGUCAACAGUGAUUAGUGCUGAUGAAUGCCUAUGAACAUUUUUGUGGAGGGUCCUGUGCUGCUAAGGUGCUCUCUGCAUGAUUAAGGCCAUAUGUAAAGUAGAGUGUGUAACACUUAUGUGUAACAGAUGCUCAGGAGGAGUUAGAAAUGUGAAACUGGAGUCCACGCCGAGGAGGGAAAUAUUUACAAAAUCUGGAUUUCUUCUAUUGUUUUUAUUGUCGUGACUUGCUGAUUGGUCGCUGAAUGAGAUUUUUGCUAAGCAAGUUGUCACCGUUCGGAUGGGCGCCUCACGCUGCGAGGCCUGUGUUCAGUCUUGGGAACUGAAGCAGAUGCAGACAAAAGGGAGCAGGGGCCUUGACAGAGAUGCAGAAGUGAGGACAGAGAAGAAAAAACAGACUCCCUGUGGUGCCUCAGUGGAAAAUGAUCCCAAGGUUUAAGACUUGGGGUCUAUGUUUUGUUUGUGUUUCCUGUUUUAAGUGAGUCUGUGGAGGGGAGAUGUGGUGGAGGAUAAAACUUGGUUUCCAUUUCCAGUUACAGUGAACUUUGUCAAAUUUAAUCCAAAUUUGUCACUGAAAGAAAACGAAAAUAAUCCAGAAGCUUGCGUUUGUUAGAAAGAUAUUUUUUAAUUGCAUAAAUCAUCAUUAUGGAGCAAAUCUUAAUAAAUCAUAAUUUGUGUGCAUCACAGUUUUAUUCCUUCAGCUUUAUUUACUCUUUGAUUUUGACGUCAGCAGCGUUUUAAACAAACUGUCGUCAUUUUACUCUGCUUUGUUGAAUAUUCUGUGAAUGUAAAGAAGACUGUAAAUACACAAAAACACUAUUGUAGCUCUUUGAAAAUAGCCUUUUCUCUGUAAUUUCCCCGUGACAUGAAGAUCACCUCCAUUUCUCUGCAUGUUCUCCUCAUCUCCUGCUCUGCAUGGGGAGGUGUGUGGGUGUAUUACAUUACCCAAACAAAAACAAACAACACCAAUAUUAAACUUUUGCAACCACAAUAGAGGAGGGGAUAAAAAACAGAGGGUCCUCGACUUCUUAUUAAUUAUGCAAGAUUAGUCUAAUUAUAAUUCAGCAAAUGAAUGUGUGGCAGAAGGUGCGAGGCGACGGGGCUGGGAGAUUUGCAUGUUAAGUGGGCAGGGGGAAGCGGCUAAUGCAUGCUAAUAUAUGCGUCAAUGUCUCGCUUUAAUUUCAGCAUUUGCAGCUGUGUGCGUCCAAACUGAGGGGGGUGAAAAGUUGACUCAAUGGGUUUUUUGGGAGGGGGGCAAAGGUGGGGGGUGUCGGCAUAUUAGAGUGUGCAUACAUGCAUGUGGAUGUGUGUGUUUUCUGUGUGUGUGUGUGUGUGAGGCCUCCGGUGUCAAACAAACAGGGAAUGAUGAGAAAAAGUCAACAAACAAGGUCAAGAACCCUCAGAGGGAGCACAAAGCCUGAGAUGGACAGAGACAAGCUCUCAAUUAGGGAUGUGAUUUCACUAUCUGAGGCAUCAGCGCAACUUUUAUCACGUCAGUCAGUUAAAUGAAGGAUGACUGCUGCGAGGAUGAACGUUACGUGGCUGACAGGGCUGCGCCGUUGAGGCUAAUGUGGCUAAACCACGGGCUGACAUGGACCUGGUUAUUAAAACCAAAAAUGUGGUCCCUGCCCGGACUUACCUCUUUAUAAAUGACAGAUACAGCCUUUUAAAAUGAGCCAUAAUGUAAGAAUCAUCGCAUGGCAUAAAACUUACCGACAGUCGAGCUCGAACCAGAGGUAAUAAAAUGAAACGGGACACUUUUGGUCCCACUUCAGAGAUGGGAAACAAACUGAAUAACUUUCCUUUUAUAUGUAACGUGUAAUUUUAUUUAAAUAAUGUAUAAAUGUAACAGUUUUCGAAAGACUACGAUGACAAAAGAAGUGGUAUGAAGAAGUUGGAGACAUGCAGAUGUGCCCUUUUACAUGUUUCCACCCAUAACUUGAAGUCUAGUGCAGCUUUGAGGUUGGAGGUCCGAACUUUCGCUGAUAAAUUAUAACCCCUCUUUGCCAACAACAAUAUUGAUUGUCCUCCAACAAAAUAUCUCAAAUCAAGAAAUAUUGGACACACUGCUGGAACUGAGCGCUGGUUUCAAACCGGGCCCUGUUCACAUGGGAGGAAGCUGGAGCGAGUGAUGGAAGAAUAGCGAGGAAACGCUGACAGAAUGAGGGAGAGAUUAGUAUUCGAUGGGAGGGUUCAGGGCUGAGGGGCCAAUAUGAAGUUGCUCUCCAAACAAGCUCUCUCCAUUAACAUGACUUAUAUUUGCAGAGAGUGCAUUGUGGGUGGGAUUGGCGCUGACCGUGUAGCCCUGGAAAACCGCCGCCGUCCUCUGUAGCAUUUUUCUUCUGCACUGUUGUUGUUUGUUUAAUGUGAACGUUAAUGGAUGUGUGUUGUCACCAGACACACAGACACACAGACAGAGUUGAAGGUGUGCUCUGGACAUCUGGUUUUAGGGACAUAUUUGUUUCAGAGCGCGGUGAUUAUAUCACAGUGCUCUCUGCGUCACUUCCAGGCUCCUAUCACUUUUGUUUUAACACUCUUCUUCCUCUGUGAGAGUCGUCUGUGGAUCUUGUCUGUGGAUCUUGUCUGCACCUGCCCUCUUUUAUUCUCUGCAUCUCACCUCAACGAGUUUCUCCGCUCGCUGUUUCAGUGAAGGAAUGUGUUCUUGUUGUUUCCUUCUCUUUCCCAUCCCUGUCUUUUGCCUCUCAGCAUGGGGACUUUGGGAUUGCGGCAAAGCUGCGUUGCCAUGGCAGCGGGCCGUGUUGCCGAACCGUGUACACCUGGGAUUUGGAGUCUCUCUCCCUCUCUCCAUAGUCUCCAUCUCUCCUAUUUAUUCCACCCCUCUCUCAGGUUUUUCUUUGGUGUAGCAGAGGCUAUCAGCACCCUCUCUCUCUCCCUGCUUCUGUCAGUCUCAGCAGCCUCUCACCCUCCAAAGUACACUCACAUACAUAAUGAGACACAUAUACUUGAAAACAAAAUUCAUGUCCAUACCAGCGCCUGUGCCUCCAUCACUUCCUUCCACCUCCUCCUCGUUUCACUUUCUCUGUAGUUGUCUCUACUUCGCUCCCUCUCCAUUCCCAUGUGGGGGUUCAAAUGCGGCAUUGCAGGAUACCUCGGUCCCCUGAGUCCCUCCAGCAUACAUCACUGUCUCCAGUUUACUUUGAAACGCAGCAGCGCUUUCACUGGACUGUGCUUCAAAUUCUCAUCACUUGAUUUAAAGUGUAAUAACAUUGACUUUAAUACUACACUAAACAGCUGGGAUUGAUGUCACAGCUGUAAUCAUGGGGAUGUGAAGAAUCAGCGCCCGCACACACACACACACACACACACACACCUCACCUGUCUCUAAAAAUAAUGACUGCCUCCUUUGACUGUCAGCGUGUUGUUGCAGAGUAGCAGAUAAUCAUAUACAUGAUUCUUUCACGUGCCUUCUUAUUUGCUGAUGUACAAACAUGUGUCCUCUUCUUUACCUCUGCAGGUUUUUCUUGAAGUUUUUCCUGAAGUGUAACCAGAAUUGUCUGAAGACGGCAGGAAACCCGAGGGAUAUGAGGAGAUUUCAGGUAUGAGAAAGAACGGGUUGAAAUGCAUAUGUGUGCAAAAAAAAAGAAAGAGAGAGAUGGAGGUGACAUGUGGGACAUAAUAUCUCUUCAUGCAAACAGUCCCUUUAAAAUAGAGUAGAAUGAUAAUUAAGUGUCUUUUCAAGUACAGUUCACGACUAAGAGCGAUGUGGAAAAGUUUUUCCAGGGUAAGACAAAGAGAAGGGAGUGAGAGGUGAAAGUUAAAAAUCAAUGAAGAGUCAGAGAGACGGAAAGACAAACGAAAAGGAGCUUGAUAUGUGGGAGACUCUGUCGUUGGGGUGCUGGGGUGCAGGAAAUAGGUUGAGGUGUUUCAGGAAGUUGUCAAGAAUUGAGUGAUUGGCUCCAGAUGGAGCGGGUCAUGCUCUGUGACCCAGGAAGUGGUCACAGGGGACGCUCCCGCCUCACUUCCUCUGCCGUCUUUCAGCACCAGCGGCCCCCGUCUGGCAUUCCCCAUUUUCUCCCAGCAAAAACCCCUCGGUCCCUUCCUCUUGCUCCGUGCUCCCUCUGCCUUCCUCCAUGUUUGCUUUAACUCCUACGACAUGACACAUGUUGAGAAGUUAUGAGCACGCCGAGCGCUCCAACACUCUCAUCUCUGGGUCAAAAGGUGAUCAGAGCCGGACAGGAGUCUGCUGCUUGAUCGAUAAUUUACAGUUAUUUUCCUUUGGCUUCCCCUCCUUCUCCACCACCUACAGCACAUAUGCUUCUUGUCCUCUUCUUUCUUAUGCUCUUUCACCUGCAAAAUCAUUGCCAUGUGUUUACUUUCAAGGGAGCGCUGGAGUUUUAGCUCUGCAGUUAAUUUCUCCAAAAAUACAUGUGAAACAUUUAUGGUUAUCUUGACAAUGACCUUUUCUUUACCAACACCCAUCCUUGUAAAAACAAAUCAGAUCAAGAAAAGGGUUUAACACCCGUAAAUAUCCGCUUUCAAAAACCUGCAAGUAUCCGAUCAUUAAUUAUUUGUGUGUGUCAUCCACGUGAGGCAAAUGUGGGAAGGGACACACACAUGCUGUGGCCAGAAAAUCAAAUUAAGGCCACUAUAUAUCAUGCACUGCUUUAACGGCUGGCUAACGUGGGAGAUUUGCUCCAUAUGUUUGGUGUCAUUGAAGGAUCAGGAGGAGACAAUGAUGAGCCCACUGCAUGCUGUAUGAAUCAAAAAGUUAGAGGCCAUAUGGAGCCCUGAUGGAGGAGCGGAGGGGUGUAUGAGCAGUGUCAUCGCCAGAAUGCAGACAUAUGAUAAAAACCCCGCAAUGUCGCAUUACCUAUCAAGAGUUAUUACUUUCACCUGUACGCGGAUACAAACUGUUACCCGGGGACUUUGCCGUUGAAAUCGGAGAUUGUAGCUCACAGCGAGCUGUCUCAGCCGAGCGCACACACUCAUGUUUCUUCCUUUGUUUCUUUCAGGUGGUCCUGUCCAGCACUGUGAGCGUAGACGGCCACGUCCUCGCCGUGUCUGACAACAUGUUCGUCCACAACAACUCCAAACACGGCCGCCGAGCCCGCAGGUUGGAGCCAGGAGAGUCUGUGGAGAAUACGAUGGAGUAUGGUGAGGAGGCAGUGAAACAACAGUGUCACACCCCAUUCGUCUUUUCUUACUUUAUUACACGUCAUUUUCAUCUCUCACACUGGAAAACAUUAUACACAAACUGAUCCAAGGAACAAAUCAUUUUAGCAGGUACUUGAGAUGUUUAAUGUCCAGAGAUAAUCGCCAUGAUAUAUCAAACAUAAGCAGUGUUGAGGUCAUUAGCUGAGCCAAUUGAUGUUUUCAUUAAAUACUUUUCCUCUCGCACAGAUUAGAUGAUAGUCACAUCUCAUCUUAAAAAGAGAACUAAAUUUAAUACUAAGUUACAUCUAUUUUCAGUCUGUUUUCAAGAAAAACACACAAUGAUCUGUGCAGUGAAGAGAAGGAUUUAACUUGGUUUAAUGAGGAUUAAAAAUUUAAAAAUAAGUGUUAAUUUAUCAGAUAAACUGUUGAAUGUUGACAGCUGUUACUGGUUACUUGACAUCUGUAACAUUGCUGAAUAAUAUUUAGAGAAGUCAAAACAAUCACAUGAAAACAAAAUUCAAAUAUUUACUUCAAGGGUUGCUCUACAUUUUCCACCACUGCUCCUGUGUCUCUGCGUCUCAUCUCUUUAGAAAAUAUAUCGAUUCCAGGUAGUGUUGUGUCGUUCGCGAACGAUUCGUUCAGAAGAAUCGAAUCUUUUGAGUGAACAUACUGAACCGAAUCACUUCCCCAAACGAUUUGUUCAUUUCUCACUUCAGUUGAGCUGUCAGCAGUGCAGCUGCUAAAGCACGCAGCAUACACCAACGCCUGAAUCACUCGGUGAACGAAUCAAGCAUUGAACUGCUCUCUCUGGAGUCAUCUUUGUCGGACAAAAAAAUUAUUAUUUUUCUUUUUACUGCCAAAUGCUAUCAUCGCAGGGGUUUGUGAGGGAACGGUACUUGUUCAGUGUGAAUUCUUUAUCCACUUAGCAUAAAUAAAGUCAUUUUAUUGUCAUUUCAUUGCUUCUCUAGUUUUUACAAUUUGCUGUUUUCAAAAUCAUUAAAAAGAAAAAAACACUGAAAGUCUUUCAAUCAAAAUAAAAAGUUCUUCUAAACGUUCAGUGAAUGAAUCUCUCACUGAGCCCAACUUACCGAGCAGACUUGAUGAAUAAGACAGUACACUGAAAACAUUAUGAAUUAUAAACAAGUUCAUUUUUACGAACCUGAAGAAGCUGAAAAAGUGGUAGAUUUCAAUUCUUUUUCUCUUUUUAGUUUUGGUCUUUGCAAAGCUUCACUCUUACUGAACCAAACUUUCUCCACGCUCCUCCUGAGACAGCUUUAAAAAAUGCUCUAUCUGUAACUCUGUCUUUGCUCUCCUGCGCAGCCACCCCGUGUAUCAAAGCCAUCAGCCCCAGCGAGGGAUGGACCACUGGGGGCGCCAUGGUCAUCGUCAUCGGGGAGAACUUCUUUGACGGGCUGCAGGUGGUGUUUGGCAGCAUGUUGGUGUGGAGUGAGGUAGGAACAAUCUCCCAAACAUCUCACUAAUGAUGCUGCACUGAGAAGCUUCUUUUGAGAUGAUAUUAAUAGCACAUGGCUUGUCUCAUUAUUUCACUGAUUAAUGGACAGACUACACAGAUUCAUCUCUCACAGUGUUGUGUUAGCCUAAAUAUUUACAAUGCACCGAGCAGUUUUAUGACAUGGUUUCUGUCCCUCUCCUCAGCUGAUCACACCACACGCUAUCCGUGUGCAGACACCUCCUCGACAUAUCCCCGGCGUGGUGGAGGUCACACUGUCUUAUAAAUCUAAACAGUUCUGUAAGGGAGCCCCGGGGCGCUUCAUCUACACAGGUAUUCAGACAACAUGUUGGUUGAUUUUGAGAAAUCACAAGUUCAACAGGCAGAGAUUGUGCACACAUGUGACCCCGCUGACUUCUAACCGGUGAUCUUUUUUUUUCAAAUUCAGCCCUAAAUGAGCCGACUAUAGACUACGGUUUCCAGCGCCUUCAGAAGGUUAUUCCUCGACAUCCUGGUGACCCGGAGAAACUCGCCAAGGUAUGACUCUUCAGGAGUAGACGUUUGGAUUUCACAGCUGUGCUUGUUUCACUCUUCCUAAGAUGUUAAAUCUGAUCUUUGUAGGAGAUCCUCCUGAAGAGAGCAGCAGACCUGGUGGAGGCUCUGUAUGGAAAUCCUCACAGUAAUCAGGUACAAAAGGAAAGAUAGAAAAUGUUCUAAAAAGUAAACAGAGUACAGGAAUAAGUCUUUCUUUCUUUUUCUUCCUUUCUUUCUUUUUUCUUUUUCUCUUUUGCUUUCCUUUUCUUUCUUUCUUUCUUUCUUUUUUCUUUCUUUCUGUCUAUCUUUCUUUCUUUCUCUCUUUUUUCUUUCUUUCUUUCUCUCUCUCUUUCUUUUGUUUUUCUUUCUUUCUCUCUCUCUCUCUUUUUUCUUUCUUUCUUUCUCUCUCUCUUUCUUUUGUCUUUCUUUCUUUCUCUCUCUCUCUCUAUUUCUUUCUUUCUUUCUUUCUCUCUCUCUUUCUUUUGUCUUUCUUUCUUUCUCUCUCUCUCUAUUUCUUUCUUUCUUUCUUUCUUCCUUCCUUCCUUUCUUUCUUUCUUUCUUUCUUUCUUUUUUCUUUUUAUAUAUUUAUUUAUUUUUUCCAGUCAAGCCAAUUUCACAAUUUGACAAUAUUAUGGCAAAUCACAACAUUUCUUAUUCCUUGGUUGGAAGGGAGCAGAAAGAAGUUACAUAUUUUAUUGCUGCCCCUCACUCAACGUCUAAUUACUCCAAUAAUCUGUCACUGAGCAACAUUCUUACCACAAAACAGAACAAUAACAUAACAAAACAGCAACACAAAGGCUAGUUUUAGUUGCUUAACUAGCCUCAUACUUUUGAAUCUCCUUUUUGUUUUCUACAUGUUUAAGAAAUUAACUUGUUGAGACUAGUGACUAGUGCCUGUUUCUUCCUGUUUAUAUGUAUACCUGCUGACAGCCUACGGGGUUCUUUACCAGGACUUUUCUAUUUCAGAGACCAGUCUUGCUAACAUUUGUGUCGUUGUAUCUCCCACAGGACAUGUUGCUGAAACGUGCGGCAGACAUCGCAGAAGCGCUCUACAGCGUUCCUCGUCCUCACAGCCAGCUGCAGGCGCUGCCCAGCUCACCUGCACACGGCAGUGUCAUGGGUCUCGGCUCUUAUCCCUCUCAGUUAGGCGUAAGCAUCGGAGAACCAGGACAGAGCAGCCAAGGUGAGCAUGAUGAGACAGAAAUUACUGGAUAUUUAUUCAGUUCAAUUCCUGAAGAUCAGAACUGACACAAUAACUUCAUGUGUUCUUCAGGUUAUAUCAGAAAUUCCAGCAGUUUGUCUCCAAGAGGUUACCCAUCAGCCUCCACGCCCCAACAAUCCAGCUACGGAGGUGGCGGAGGGAUGACAGGAGGCUAUGGGACGGUUCCCAUGACCAGCCUGGGAGUACCUGGAUCUCCUGGUUUCAGCAGUGCCUCCCCCACAGGCUCACCCUACAGUAAGACCCUAAAAAUUCUCCCAAAGUUUCUCUGAAAUGAUCUCCAAACUUCUGUUGUAUACUCAUUUUUGUGGCACAUUGUUUUCCCCCACUUCCACAGUUAUGCCCUCAAGCCCCACUAUCCCAGGAAGCUCCAGCUCCUCUUCGUCUCUCUUGCCUUUUUCCUCCUUCCCGUCUGCUGCUAAACAGAAGAGUGCUUUUGCUCCUGUGCUCAGGCCCCAGGGCUCCCCCUCCCCUGCCUGCCCCGCCUCAGGGGGGAACAGCUUCAGAGGUAGCCAUCCGACUCACUAUCUGACCCCCCUGUCUGAACUCACGAAUGCAGUCUAAUCUCCUUCUACUAACCACUCCAAAGCUUUGCCUGACCGCAUCAGAAAAACGUUGCUGGAUGUACAAUAAUGUAAGAGCUGACUGAUUAGAAUCAUAGAUUUUGUAUAUUUUUUUUCUCUUCAGCGAUGACGGGCCUGGUUGUCCCCCCGAUGUAGCAAAGCACCCACCCCAAUCUACCCCCUGACCACUGCUUCACUUAGCCCCCUUUUUUGGCAGUAAGAGGGCGGGGAGGACGGAAAAUUGAUCUCUAGCGACCAUGUUUUAACUUCCUUCCUGAGCUCUUCCUCCUUUGCCAUUUCUUAGUCCCUUUUUCAUCCAGAUGGGUGAACAGGACGGGGUUUAAAACAAAUCCAAAGACCAGCCAUCUCCUCCAGAGGCAGGGCAGAAUACUUCACUGCUUCACAGAAACAGAUCGGACUGGAUACCGCUGUGUUUGUGGUGAAGUGUCUGUAUUAUGAGAGAAAAACUUGAGCAGCAAAGCAUCCUUAUGAACAUGCAGUAUGUGGAGCUCCAAAAUCUGGCCGUUCAAGACGCCGCGUCACGUGAUCAUUUCGAAGCUGCCGGAUGAUGAAGGACGGUUCUUAUAUAAUGUUGCAGCUUCGAGGAUGCUGUUCGUCUGUGUAUGGACACCUUAAUGGCAUGUGUGUUCACUGUCUGUGAGUUAGCAAGAGCUUUUUUUGUAGUUCACUUUUUGAAGACAAUUUACAUUCCAGAAAAAUAGACCCUUUAUUUUUUGUUCUACAGUUUUACAAGGGAGAACUCUUUGUCUCGAGGGUUAUUACUAAAGGAAUUCAUAUAUUGAUUUAUUUAAGAACAAGCAAUUUAACUUAUUAUAGUUAGUAUAGGGAAUAAUAUAAAUGUGUUUUUAUAAAGUGGUCCUUUUCCAACUGUGGCUGAAUGAAGUUAUCUCAACAAUUGCUAAUUAAUUUGCUAAAUGUUCACAGGGAUUCGCUCUGAUACUUUGGAAAUCAGGUUUUUGCAAAAGGAAAAAAUGUUAGAUAGCCUUAUCCUUUUUAAUUUCACUUUAAAUGCAUGCUUUGUCACGCCAAUGCCCUGGUAUUAGUUCAUUUCACUUUGCAAAUUUUUGCAUUAUAUGACUACAACUUAUAGAUUUUGCAGUUUUUGUUUUAAAUGUCUCAACAAACUAAGCACAGGUCUCCAGUCACUAUGCAGUAGAGUCUCUGAAAGCACAAGCUGCUCAGUGGAAAAGAACGGGGCGUACGAGGCGUUCAUCAACCAACAUCAAUAUGCUCAUCUUCCUAACUGAAUUUUUGUCAUCGCAACACAAACUUCAUUCUCAGGAUGUAAAAAAAAACAAAGAAAACACAAAGAGUAGCUGACAUUUACAUUUUCCUUUUUAAAGUUUGGUUAAUUUUAUUUAUUUAAAAAUUAUUACCAGUUUUAAUAUUAUGUUGUUGAAGCCAUGUUUGUUUUUUUUUGUUUGUUUUUAAACGGUACAAAAAAUGGUGCAAAUGUUGUUUGUAUAUCUUAAGGUGUAAUUAUAUUUUGUGCUCCAAAUAAAACAACAAAAAAGUCAGUGA